CGGAAGUCUGAGCGGGCGCCGCGGGAUCUUGAAGGCGCAUGCGCGACGACAACUCUCGCGCCUCCCUCUCUGAGCGCCAGGACAGGAGAAAGCGUGUGGGCCCCGCACUUCCGGGACGCGGAGCCGGCCCCACCCCCGCCGCGCAUGCGCUCCUCUUUCCUAGGGUGGUCCUGGGAGCUGCGGCCGAGUUUCCCCGCGCGAGUUCUCAGAGGAGGAAGGUCGCUCCCCGGCGGCCUGCUGGAGGACCGGACAGCGUAUCCAGGGACUCUAAGUCCGCCGAGGAGAUGAUCCACGAACUGCUCCUGGCUCUGAGCGGGUACCCGGGGUCCAUUUUCACCUGGAACAAGCGCGGUGGCCUGCAGGUGUCGCAGGAUUUCCCAUUUCUCCACCCCAGUGAGACCAGCGUCCUGAAUCGACUCUGCCGGCUUGGCACAGACUAUAUCCACUUCACUGAGUUCAUUGAACAGUACACAGGCCAUGUGCAGCAACAGGAUCACCACCCUUCACAGCAGGGCCAAGGCGGGUUACAUGGAAUCUACCUAAGGGCCUUCUGCACAGGGCUAGAUUCUGUUUUGCAGCCUUAUCGCCAGGCACUGCUUGAUUUGGAACAAGAGUUCUUGGCUGACCCCCAUCUCUCCAUAUCACACGUCAAUUACUCCUUAGAUCAGUUCCAGCUGCUUUUUCCCUCUGUGAUGGUUGUAGUAGAGCAAAUUAAAAGUCAAAAGAUUCAUGGCUGUCAGAUCCUGGAGACAGUCUACAAACACAGCUGUGGGGGUCUGCCUCCUGUUCGAAGUGCACUAGAAAAAGUCCUGGCUGUGUGUCACGGGGUCAUGUAUAAGCAGCUCUCAGCCUGGAUGCUGCAUGGACUUCUCUUGGACCAGUAUGAAGAGUUCUUUAUUAAACAGGGUCCAUCUUCUGGCAAUAUCAGUGCCCAGCCAGAAGAGGAUGAGGAGGACCUGGGCAUUGGGGGACUGACAGGAAAGCAAUUGAGAGAGCUCCAGGACUUGCGUCUGAUUGAGGAAGAGAACAUGCUGGCACCUUCUCUAAAGCAGUUUUCCCUACGGGUAGAGAUUUUACCAUCAUACAUUCCAGUGAGGGUUGCUGAAAAAAUCCUUUUCGUUGGAGAGUCUGUGCAGAUGUUUGAGAACCAGAAUGUGACCCUGACCAGAAAAGGAUCUAUUUUGAAGAACCAGGAGGAUACUUUUGCUGCGGAGCUGCAUCGGCUAAAGCAGCAGCCGCUUUUCAGCUUAGUGGAUUUUGAGCAGGUGGUGGAUGGUAUUCGAAGUACUGUGGCUGAGCAUCUCUGGAAGCUGAUGGUAGAAGAGUCAGAUUUACUGGGUCAGCUGAAGAUCAUUAAAGACUUUUACCUUCUGGGACGAGGAGAACUGUUUCAGGCCUUCAUUGACACGGCUCAGCACAUGUUAAAAACACCGCCCACUGCAGUAACUGAGCAUGAUGUGAAUGUGGCCUUUCAGCAGUCAGCGCACAAGGUAUUGCUGGAUGACGACAACCUUCUCCCUCUGUUGCACUUGACCAUUGAGUUUCAUGGGAAGGAGCACAAAGAUGGCAUUCAGGCAAGAGAAGGGCCUUCUCGGGAAACUUCCCCCCGGGAAUCCCCUGCAUCUGGCUGGGCAGCCCUGGGCCUUUCCUACAAAGUACAAUGGCCUCUGCAUAUUCUUUUCACCCCAGCUGUGCUGGAGAAGUACAAUGUUGUUUUCAAGUAUUUGCUGAGUGUGCGCCGGGUCCAGGCUGAACUGCAGCAUUGCUGGGCCCUGCAGAUGCAACGCAAGCACCUCAAGUCUAACCAGACCGACGCAGUUAAGUGGCGCCUUCGAAAUCAUAUGGCAUUCUUGGUGGAUAAUCUCCAGUACUAUCUCCAGGUAGAUGUGUUGGAGUCUCAGUUCUCACAGCUGCUUCAUCAAAUCAACUCUACCCGCGACUUUGAAAGCAUCCGGCUGGCUCACGACCACUUCCUAAGCAACUUGCUGGCUCAGUCCUUCAUCCUGCUGAAACCCGUAUUUCACUGCCUGAAUGAAAUCCUAGAUCUCUGUCACAGUUUCUGUUCCCUGGUCAGUCAGAACCUGGGCCCAUUGGAUGAGCGUGGAGCUGCCCAGCUGAGCAUUCUUGUGAAGGGCUUUAGCCGCCAAUCUUCACUCCUGUUCAAGAUUCUCUCCAGUGUUCGGAAUCAUCAGAUCAACUCAGAUCUGGCCCAGCUACUGUUACGGCUAGAUUAUAAUAAAUACUAUACCCAGGCUGGUGGGACUUUGGGCAGUUUUGGGAUAUGAAAAUUUCUGCUUCCAUAAACUGAUAAAACAGUCAGUUCCACCAGUUUCCACGUUUAUAACAGAAGAUUCACAACACUUAGCCCCUCACCAAACACCGGUGCCUGACGAGAAGACUCUGCCCUUUCUCCUGGAAGCACCCAGCGGUAUAACCCUUCCCAUCGUCCCCAUGUGACAGGUGACUGCCCCACCCCUGGGGGAUUCCUAAUUUGCCGGCCAAGGAGGACCUGUGGGAUCAUCCACUGUCCCUCUGCUGACCUGGAGAGAGCUUGGCUUCCUCACCCUGAAACAUCUGCUGGAUAUGUUCAUGUAGGCAAUUUUAUUAAGCAUUUACUGUAUGCCUUGGUACAAUUCAGGGUGUGGGAGAUUCAGCAGUAAACAUCAGAAAGUUACAUAGUUUGUGAUUGAGAAGUAAAAAAGAAAUUAUUAACAGUUUAACUGCUGGAUAUCACCACCAACUAAGACACAAGACAGGCUUUCCCUCAUUGUCACGCGUAACUUACACCUACACAGAUUAUCUUUCCUCCUUCAGAAGUGGAUGAUGGAAAGUCUCCUACCCUUAAGGAUCUUCAGAACUGUGAAUGUGAAGAAUUUGGUCAGUAAGCCCCAGCCCUUUUAGACAAGUAAAAGGGCAACUCUACCUAAUGACAGUAAAAAGCAUUUCUCUCAAAGAAAAAAAUCAUUAAUGUUCAUAUGGGUGUAGACAAAGUCAAUAUUCACUGAACUCCCUCAAGUUAGAAAAAAAAAAAAAGCAAGUUCUGGCCUCAGUUUGUAGUCACUAAACCUGGUCUUCUAGCACACACUGUGAAACCCUUAGUACCCCUGCAGCUGUGAACUAAAGAUGACCCUCCCACUGCUGCCACUAGAGCAGGGCUUGGCAAGCCAUCACCUGCUGUGUGCUUCUGUGCACAGGGUUUGCUGAAACAGCUACACUCGGGUCUCCCUAGUCUGUGACUGCAGACAGACCAGAUGGCCCACAAAACCUAAAGUCUUUACUGUUUUGGCUCUUUGUAGAAAACAUCUAUUGACCUCCAUCUAGAGGAGAGGAUAUUACAGAGAUGACGCUGGGGCCAGGGAAGGAAGAGCUUCCGGCUGCUGUGAAGGAAGGAGUCAGAGUUGGUUUCUGAGUGGAGCGUUCAGUGUCCCUUUAACCUAACAGAGGCACUGUCCUCUGACCGCACCCGGUCCCUUUAGCUUUCACCUGAGCACGGGACGGCCGCCCACGGGUCAGCAGUCCAGAGUGAACCCUGCUCAGAAGGAGCUGGCCGCUGUCCCGCUCCACGUUUGGCCUAGUAGUCUGGUCCCUUGCCUACUUCAAAAUCAGAUUUUUGGAGCUACAGCAUUUUAAAGAGCCUGGAUCGCUUUCUGACAGUGAUGCCCAAACAAAGUUCACUGCCGAGUUUGUGAACAGGCCUAUUGAGAACCUCAGAGAAAGUCCUGUUUGUCUUGUUUGCUGAGAUCAAGCUCGAAGAAACAGAUGAAGAAAUCCCAGUUACUACAACCAAAGAGAUUCAACAUUUAUUUUAUCAUAAAAGUCCAGCAAAUAAAACUAUAUACAAGAUCCAUGCAAAGAAUCCAGUUACACACAAGACACAUUUAAAACCUGGUUAAAACACAAUCUCCACAAUAGUAGGGAAUAAAACCAGAAAGACCAAAUAUCUUUAGUGAGAAACAUAAUUGUGUUUGUAUUUUGGAUGCUGCUUGAAUCCAAUUCUCUCGCCAACAAUGAGGCACUGGAUUACCCACUCUUGUGACACCACAGGCAGCUGCAGUGCUUCAGCACACUUCAGCACGGAGGCUGGGCACGAGGGGUCUGUCACUACCACGUCAAACACCCCUAGAGCAAUAUCUGUAGGGAGCGAGGAAGGGAAUGAGGAAAGGACAAUUAACUCAGUCCUCCAUUACAAAGACAGCAGUGCCUUCUUGCCAGAGUACCCCACUUUGCCCAGACCGAAACGCCAUUACGUCGAGCACAAGUGAAAGUAAAAAGGUGAUUGCUAGAUGGCGACCAUGUAGAAAAGCUUAACUACACCACAGAAAACCAGGGGUGUGAACAGCCCACUGCUUCACUCACGUCUACUCACCUCCUGAAGGUGGGACUCUCCCGAGUAUGGGCAAGGUCCACCUAUCAGGACUGACGAGUGCACAAACCCAAGAGCCACAGGUCUAAGGGCAUCCCUGGGGUGGGGGACAAAGCGCAUACUGCACAGGUACCUUUGUUAUGGGCACUCGAAUGGUGCUGCUUCACAGAGGCUGCGCCUCCGGUCAUGAGGAUCUCAGACCAGAGCUCCAGGAAGUUCUGCUGCUGAUCUGACACUAAGAGCACCUUCAGAUUCUGAAAAGGGUUUUCCCGGGGUUGCCUGUGAAGGAGUCAGAGACAAGGCCCUUAGGAACUGAAAAGGACCUGAGAGUAACAGAUACUAUCCGGCAAACAGCUCUUACACAAAGGAUCUUGUGUGUAUAAAAUGCUUUCAAAGCUAAGCCCCACAUCAGGGUCACCCCCUUCCUUCCCUCUGCUUGUGAGUGAGGUGUAUUCUCUGGGAUCCCUUCCUUCUGCUCUACUAUUCUGACUUCUAUGUUUGUCCAGGGGCUGGGAAUAAUCCAAAUCAUGUUCCUGAGCUUUGUUUUUUCUUUUUCUCUAAAUGCUUGCUUGCAACUUAGUUCCCCAUACUUACAAGUUGGGACUAUUGAAUCUAUAUGCAAAUCCUCACACAUUUUCAAAAGUUUCCUUCCUAAUUAAUAUGGAAAUAAACUCUGAAAUAAAUGAA